AUGUCCGCUUCUCCCUAUAUAUCAGACUCGGCACACAGCUAGGGUUUUCUCUCCACGCAGCGCGCCACCUCUCCUCGAUCCCCAACACCCCAGCCGUCGUCGCCGCCGUCGUCACCCUUUUCCGCCCUAGGCUGCUGCGACCAUGAUCAUCUCCAAGAAGAACCGCCGCGAGAUCUGCAAGUACCUCUUCCAUGAGGGUGUCCUGUAUGCCAAGAAGGACUACAACCUGGCCAAGCACCCGAAGCUUGAUGUGCCCAACUUGGAGGUGAUUAAGCUCAUGCAGAGCUUCAAGUCAAAGGAGUAUGUGAGGGAGACCUUCUCCUGGCAGUACUACUACUGGUACCUCACCAACGAUGGCAUUGAGCACCUCCGCACCUUCCUCAACCUGCCAUCAGAGGUUGUGCCUAAUACCCUCAAGAAGUCCUCCAAGCCCCCAUCUCGGCCCUUCGGCUCUGGCCCACCGGGUGACCGCCCCAGGGGUCCCCCUCGUUUUGGGGAAGACAGACCUAGGUUUGGGGAUAGGGAUGGUUACAGAGGAGCUCCACGUGGUGCUCCAGGUGAUUUUGGUGGUGAGAAGGGUGGUGCUCCAUCAGAGUUCCAGCCAACUUUUAGGGGUAGCAGACCUGGCUUUGGCCGUGGUGGCGGCGGCGCUUUCGGUGCCGGUGGAUCUUCCAUGGAGUGAUGUAUCAACUUGAGCUAGCAGGCGCAUUGAUUCGAUGGAUAGCUUUUCAAAUGCAGCGCGCAAGGGGCGUGUCUUCUCUGUUGAUCUUUGAACUAUGAGAACAAUGAGAUUUUGUUUUACUGAGCUGUUGCCGUGCCUUGACAUGGUUUUGUGAUCCUCCUUUUUUGUUUAGAUGAAAUUAUUGAAAUCAAGCAGCAAGUUAUCAUUCGAUUCGAUGGUGCUA